CAACUCAAUCGCUAUAUAUCCGUACCCCGCCUACCAAUUCCAAGCUCUGCUUGAUCCGUAGCUUUUUCUUGUCUCCCAUUGAAAAAAAAAGGGAGAGAAUAAAAAAAACAAACCAAAAGCUCAUCCUUCCUCUCACUUAUGUGUAUUAUACAAAAAAAAACAAGAGAAUUCAACCCCUCUAUUUCUUCAUUCCAUCUGACCUCAUAGCCCAAGUGUUUCUCGUCAGUCUUUAAAUGAAUGCGUGAUAUUGGGGGUAACAUCUGCACGUCAUAAACACACAAACGUGUUCCUGACUUCAGAAGCUUUGAGAGAUUGAAAAAGCAUUCUUAACACAAACUGCACACACGCACAAUAUACCGCAUACAUCAUUACAUAUACACCGCACAUAUGAAUUGAUUAAUACAUCCUACAUUUCUUACACACGCACGUCUGCACUUACACAGACACAUACACAAUACACAUUUUACCCCCACGUUCGAAUGCACCGACAUUGUUAUACAACAUUAUUUAUUAUCUAGCUUGUAUGAAGUACAUAUCUGACAUAUAAUAAUUCCACUUAUAGCAUACAAGUACAUUUUCGUAACGCUCUCCGUAAAUGCCGUCGCCAUCCAAGCAGCGGAAAGUCGCCAUUGUCGGCAGCCGAUCCGUAGGCAAAUCUUCCCUUGCGGUUCAGUUCGUCGAUGGCCACUUCGUCGAAAGCUACUAUCCUACCAUAGAGAACACAUUCAGCAAAGUUAUCCGAUUCAAGGGCCAAGACUAUGCCACCGAGAUUGUCGAUACGGCUGGCCAGGACGAGUAUAGUAUACUGAAUUCAAAGCACUUUAUCGGCAUCCAUGGCUAUAUGCUUGUGUACUCGGUUUCCUCGCUCCCAUCCUUCGAGAUGGUGCGGGUAAUCCGCGAGAAGAUACUCAAUCACCUUGGUACAGAUUGGGUUCCGAUCGUCAUUGUAGGCAACAAGAGUGACUUGCGUCCCGAACAGCGACAGGUCAGCCAAGCCGACGGCAAACAGCUCUCGGAAGAGUUCAAUUGCGCCUGGACGGAAGCGAGCGCCCGAUACAACGAGAACGUAGCGAAGGCAUUUGAACUCCUGAUCGCCCAGGUGGAGAAAUCGCAGAACCCGAACGAGGCGCCUGACGGUGGGAGAUGCAAUGUUAUGUGAGGGGCGGCUUGCUUCGCAUGGUGUAGGGAUAAGAUACGAAUACAGAUACGUUAGACACGAAAUGGACAGUAGCGGUUACAACAGCCGCAGCCACGGCUAAAGUCGUAGCUACAUAGAACGUUUAGGAGGCUAGAAGGAUGAGGCUCAUCAGGUCACCAUAGUCAAGCAAGGACUGUUAGGACGGGUUCGGUCGGCUUAGUUUUCGUCAACGAUCAACGUUAAACCUUGCGGCCACGCGCACAGAUUAUUCUUGCUUAUGCUCGAUUUACGCGCCGUGGCUUGUAUAUAUUAGUUAGAGACUCGGACCUGGUUACCUGCUCAAGGUACGGAGUUAAUUGGAUAUAAUUUACGGUAUAGCUUGUUGGUUCUCUUGUCUGACAAGACUGCGACGACACGAACACAUGUGAUACUUUCGAGAAUUGAUACGCCC